AUGCCCGGAGUAAUAAGCGUCGAAUACAAAGGCAGAAUUGCCAUAAUCACAAUAGACAACCAAAAGCAGCUCAAUGCUUUGACUCAAGAUGAAUAUUACCAAAUUGCAACAUAUCUAAGGGAAAUCUCUGAGCAUGAUGAGGUCUUUAUUACUGUUUUGACUGGAAAAGGUCGAUUUUUCUCCGCAGGAGCAAACGUUUCAGCCAUCGGCUCAACACCAGAAAACGAAGAUGUCGCCAAAUACUGGCUCCGAACUUUCGUAUCCAACAACCUCAACAUAACCCACGCCUUCUACACACACCCCAAAAUCCUAGUCUCCGCCCUCAACGGCCCCGCCAUUGGCCUAUCGGCCGCCCUCAUCGCAUUCUCGGACUUCAUCUACUGCGUCCCGCACACCUUCCUCCUAACGCCCUUCGCCAGCCUCGGUCUUGUAGCCGAGGGAGGUGCAUCCAGGGCCUUUGUCCAGCGUCUAGGAAUCUCAAAAGCAAAUGAAGCACUGCUUAUGAGCAAGAAAAUCACCUCUGAAGAAUUGCUGCAGGUGGGGUUUGUGAAUAGGAUUUUUGAGUGUGGGAAAGGCGAGGAUGAGAAGUUUUUGGGCUUGGUGUUGCAAGAGGUUAAUGAUAGACUUGGGGAGCAUCUGAUUGGGAGUAGUUUGAUUGAGAUCAAGAAGUUGAUUCGGAAACCCGAGAGGGAUAUGCUUGAUAAUCAGAAUGUGGCGGAGCUCUUUGCGGGACUAGGGAGGUUUAAGUCGGGAAUUCCACAGGAGGAGUUCAGGAAGAUCGGGAGUGGCGAGAAAAAACAUAAGCUGUGA